AUGACGGUGUUUAUCGCCUCGCUCUUCCUCCCUAAGACCAUUCACUUCACCCUCCCUGGCACCCCGCCAAGGGGUUCAGCGUCCGGGAAGAAGCAACGGCCCGCCCCGCUCGAGCCGCAACCGAGUUUAUUCCAGCCGACCAGCAUCACCCCACCUAUUACGCCUACCGAUGAGAAGAAGGAGGGGGACCCCUUCAUGAAUGAAGAUGGCUUGCGUGUGCAUAUCCCGGAUGCCACUGUUGCCGAGCCAGUUGCCGACACUCUCCGUGCCCCGGCUGACCGUGGCUCGCCUACCUGGGGUGGUCGUGCCGACCAACCAAUGUCGCGUGCCAACUCGCCCCCUCCUCCCUCUUUAACCUUGGCGGAUAAGAACCGAGUCCAACAAAAGGCCAAGGAGUUGGGACGUCAGGGUAUCACACAGCCGCGGCCGCUGGUUAGGAGCGACAGUCACGACCGCGUUUUUGCCCAUGCAAACUGGAGGGUCGUCAAUGCCGACCAAGGCAACGGGGGCUUGCGCAAUGCCGCCGAAGCGGCAGCCAGGGAGGGCAAGCUGGACAACUACAUUUGGGUCGGCACGCUCGGCAUGCCCACCGAUGCGCUUCAGGGCACGCAGCAGCUGCAGGAUAUCGAAGAUAGGAUGGCGACCGAGCACGACAUGCUGACCGUGUUCUGUUCCGACAAAGAUUUUGACGGGCACUAUUCGCACUUUUGCAAGCAGAUUUUGUGGCCCGUCUUCCAUUACCAGAUCCCUGACAACCCGAAGAGCAAAGCGUACGAGGACCAUUCGUGGAAAUUCUACGUCAACGUCAACCAAGCCUUUGCCGACAAGAUUGUGAAGAACUGGAAGCGCGGUGAUGUCAUCUGGGUCCAUGACUACCACCUGCUUUUAGUGCCAGCCAUGGUUCGCAAGAAGAUUCCCGAGGCCAAGAUUGGCAUCUUUCUGCACGUGGCAUUCCCGUCUUCGGAGGUAUUCCGAUGCCUGGCUGUCCGGAAGCAGCUUCUUGAGGGCAUGGUGGGCGCCAACCUUAUCGGUUUCCAGAUUCCCGAAUACGCCCGGCACUUCCUCCAGACCUGCAGCCGUCUCCUUAGCGCUGAGGCGACCCCCGAAGGACUGCAGCUCGAAGACCGGUUUGUGGAUGUCAUCAGCCUGCCCAUUGGUAUCGACCCUGUCAGCCUGAGCCAGCAUCGUGAAGAAGCCGAAGUUAAGAAGUGGCUCGACAUCAUGCGGGAGCGCUACGCCGGCAAGAAACUCAUCGUUGCGCGGGACAAGCUCGACCACGUUCGUGGUGUUCGCCAGAAACUGCUGUCGUACGAGCUGUUUCUGAACGCAAACCCUCACUGGCGGGAUAACGUUGUCCUCAUCCAAGUUGCGCUUUCCACGAGCGAGAAAACUGAGCUGGACGCUGCCGUUUCUGAUAUUGUCACACGCGUCAAUUCGUCCUGGGCCAAUCUCGCCUACCAACCGGUGGUGUAUUUGAAGCAAGAUAUCGACUACGCGCAGUACCUGGCGCUGCUCAGCAUCGCCGACGCCCUCAUGAUCACCAGCCAGCGCGAGGGCAUGAACCUGACGUCGCACGAAUACCUUUAUUGCCAGGACGGCAAGUUUAGCGAGAAGAAACACGGUUCAUUGAUCCUGUCCGAGUUCACGGGCACAUCGUCCCUCUUUGGCGGCAACGAGUUGUCGGUUAACCCGUGGGAUUAUCGGGCCUGCGCGAACGCCAUCAAGAAGGCGCUUGAGAUGGACGAUGAGGAGAAGGGAGAGCGUUGGUCGAAGCUGUUUGACUGCGUUAACUUGCACACCGGCUCACAUUGGUUUACGGAAUUCUUGUCGCGCCUGGACCGUGUCUACGAGGAGCAGCACCGCCGAGAUACUACCUCGGUGCCGCGCCUCUCUCUUCAGAACACCGUCCAGCAGUACAGCCGCAGCGAGCGCCGCCUGUUCAUCCUCGACUUUGAGGGCACUCUAGUCAGCUGGGGCCCUGUCAAUCAGAUCAUUCCGGUCAGCCCGCAGCGCACCCUGGAUGUUCUGAACGACUUGCUCCUCGACGAGCGCAACACUAUUUAUGUCAUGUCAGGCCGUCGCCCUGAAGAACUCGACCGCCUCUUCCGCCGCGUCCCGAACCUGGGCCUAAUCGCUGAGAACGGCUGUUUCCUCAAGGACUGCGGAAGUACGGAGUGGACCGAGGUGGCCGAUUCCCGGCAGAUCCGGGCAUGGAAGGAUGCGGUGCGGCCCAUCUUGACUUACUACCUCGAGCGCACACCUGGUUCCUCCAUCGAGGACCGUCGUUGUUCACUCAUGUUCCACUACAAGGCGGCUGAGGACAUGGAGACGGCUCUACGCCAGGCGAGCGAUUGCGCUAGUCACAUCAACGACGCCUGUGAGGAGCAGCGGGUCCACGCCAUCCCGCUCGACGGCUGCGUCCUCGUGGAGCCCAUAGAUUGGACCAAGACCACUGCAGCCCAAAAGAUCUUUGCCGAUCUGCGCGCGGGCAUGCAGGCCGAGGAGCCAGAGCAGAGUAGCGAGACGGCUCCGGAGAGCAAGUCACCAGUUGAUUUCCUCAUGGUUAUUGGUGAUGGUCGUGAAGACGAGAAGGUGUUCAAGUGGGCGAACGCGCUUGGCAGAGACGGCACCGUGAAGGAGGUUGUCACCGUUAGCCUUGCCGGUACUAGGAAUACUGAGGCGGCGGCCACGCUUACUCAGGGCGUUAGCGGCGUCCUGAUUACGCUGCAGAAGCUUGCAUCCAUUGCUGGGUUUAACUUUGGACCGCAAUUGGAACAUUCUCCUCAACGUUCCUCCUUCAUCACCCUGAUCAACACCAACACCAUGGCAUCCUUCCCACCGCCCCCAGCCAACACCAUUGACUGGUCUAACGUUGGAUUCCGCAUUCGCGAGGUAAACGGCCACAUCGAAUCCCAUUACUCUGUCAAGACCGGAAAAUGGAGCCCCCUCCAAUUCAUCACCGACCCUUACAUUCGCAUCCAUGGCAUGGCGCCAGCGCUCAACUACGGUCAGCAAGCCUUUGAGGGGCUCAAAGCCUUCCGCCUGCCUGGUGAUGACGGGAUCGCAAUUUUCCGCCCGGAUCGCAACGCCGCACGCCUGCAACACAGUGCCGAAUUUAUUUCGAUGCCGCCCGUCCCCGUGGACCUUUUCCUCGAUGCUGUCAAGGCCGCGGUUGCGCUCAACGCUGAGUUUGUCCCGCCCCAUGCAACCGGGGCGGCCAUGUACAUCCGGCCCCAAGUUUUCGGUUCGUCCGCCCAACUUGGACUGAACCCUCCGGAAGAAUACACCUUCUGUGUUUUUGUACUGCCCACGGGCGUGUACCAUGGUACUCACCCCGUCAAAGCGCUCAUCCUAGACGACUUUGACCGUGCCGCACCCAAGGGUACGGGCAACGCCAAGGUCGGCGGAAACUACGCACCUGUGUUGCGAUGGAGCGAUAGGGCUAGGUCGGAAGGGUAUGGUAUCACACUGCAUCUGGAUAGCAAGACACACGAGGAAGUGGAUGAAUUCAGCACCAGCGGGUUUAUCGGUGCUCUGGUCAAUGGGGAUGACGUCACGUUGGUAGUGCCGGAUAGCAAGGCUGUAAUUGAUAGCGUGACGAGCGACAGUAUCCAGGAGCUGGGGCGGAGUUUUGGAUGGAAGGUUGAGAAGCGCGCGAUCAAAUACGCCGAGCUCCCCUCAUUCCAAGAAGUCAUGGCCGCCGGCACAGCCGCCUCCCUUGUGCCAAUCCGUUCCAUCACACGCCGUAACACCUCCGGUCUCCCCCAGGGGCCUCGUGUCACGACCUCAACGGGCACCGGCCCGGCUGGCGAGUCUGAGGAGACGGUUAUCUACACCCCAGGGGACAUCGAUGAGCCUGGGCCACUAUGCCUCAACCUUCUUUCCCACCUCAAAGGCAUCCAGUUGGGCAAUUUAGAGGACAAAUUUGGCUGGCGGCUUGAGGUCAGCGCGGAGGAUGCGAAGCGUGUGGUCGGAGAGACCAAGAAUGGUGGGAAUGGACAAACAGUGGACCAGCUUGACUAA